GUUUAAAUGUCUAAAACAAAACGAAGAAAAUAACCUUCACAAAUUGAAUUUUAAAAUCUUAAAAAUAGCUUUAUUUCUACAUUUUAAAACUUAUUUAAAGUUUGCUAGAGCAUUCAAAACGAUAAUUGACUUACUCUUAAUUAAUAUAUAAACAUUCUAAAAUGGACAACUUUUCAUCAAAAAAACAAAAACCUGAAGAUUUUGCAGUGACUGGUAUUUCAAGAAGUGGAAGGGUAAGAAAAAAAUCAUCAAAAUUGAUGGACUUUGAAUCUCCAGAUGAAAUUGAUAGAACUUUUAAUAAAAGAUCUCCGGCUGUAAAUAGAAAACCGGAUGUUUAUGAAAGUUCUUUAAAAAAAACCAAGUAUGAUGAGAUGUAUUCCAAAGAUGAUAAUUAUGAUAUGGAAGAUAGUGGAUCGGAAUACAACAGUGAAUAUGAACCGAAUGCAAAUGCUACAGAAUCGAGCAUUGAAGAUUCGGUUGAAUCAGAAAGUGAUUUUGAAGAUACCGAAGGAUUCAGAAGACUUGAUUCAAGUUCAUCGAAAAGGAAACUUGUUAUUAAAGACGGAAAAAUUGUUAAGACUGACAAGUUAAAAGGAAAAGAUAAAGAGCAAUUUUCGACUUUUUCAAAGUCUAUCCAAUCAAAAACUCCUCUAAAACCUACUAGCACUACCAAAAAAGUGAUUAUGAGUAAUAAUAAAACGCCCCCUGGACCGUUAAGACCCUUUCAAAUUGGGAUACCGACAUAUGAGAAUAUAAAUGUAUCUCCACCCAGUCCUCGAGGAAAAGAUUCCCCUUUUAAAGUGAACGGUAUCAAACCAAUAGAUGUUGCUGCACAUUUGAAACUACUUGGAGAAAGUUUGACCAUAAUUGGAGAAAGGUUGAAAGAACACGAGGGACAAAUUGCGGUGUCUGGUAGUUUAUCAGUACUUCUAGACUCACUUUUGUGCGCUUUAGGUCCUUUACUUUGUCUUACACAACAAAUACCUGAAUUACAAAAUGAUUGUUGUACGCCCGAGGAGUUGAUGAGUACUUUGGAUAACGUGGCUUUUAUAAUGCCGGGUCUAUAGUGGAGUUCUGAUUAUGUUUUAGAAUAUAUUAGUUAUAUGUAUGGUUGGUCCAUAUUUCAAGAAUAUCGAUUUUAAUUUUAGAAUUAUUCAAUAAAAUUAUAAAAAAAUCAUUUAUUGUUAUUAAAAAAGUAAUAAAUCAAUUUUUGGGA